AUGGGCUCAUACAUGGAAAACACCCACCGACACAGAGAGAGGCUUCCUGCCGAAGACCGCUAUGCAGCACGUUUAAAUAAGAAAAGUCAACAGGACAAGAAGAUCAGACGGUGUAGAGAGGACGAGGGGGGUUUGGGGGGCCACGGGGAGGGACGCGGGGCGGGGCUUGGGGAGGGGCGGGGAGCAGGGCGUGGGGCUCUGGGCUCUGGCGGGGCAGAAGCGGAAGCCCGAGCUUCCUGCGUAAAGCUUGCCGCGCCGCCCCCGGGUCGCAGCCAACUCGCCUCGCUCCACUCCGACACGGCAAAAAUGUCUGGCCCUACAGAGACUGAGCGGUGCAUCGAGUCUCUGAUUGCUGUUUUCCAGAAGUAUGCUGGAAAGGAUGGUAACAACUGCAAACUCUCCAAAACCGAGUUCCUAACCUUCAUGAACACAGAACUGGCAGCCUUCACAAAGAACCAGAAGGACCCUGGUGUCCUUGACCGUAUGAUGAAGAAACUGGACCUCAACUGUGAUGGGCAGCUAGAUUUCCAAGAAUUUCUCAAUCUUAUUGGAGGCAUGGCUAUAGCUUGCCAUGACUCCUUUAUCAUGUCUGCCCGUUUCCAGAAGUAAAUCUGAGGAGCAAGCCCUUGGGCAUGGCAUCCAGAUUACCCCUUUCCUUUCAGCCUCCCAAUCAUCACCUACUCUUCACACCCUAUGUACCCGAAGCCUGGCACACCUGCCACCCCUUGCAGGCCACUCCUGCUGGCAGUAAUAAAACUAUAUCAUUUUUUUAAAGCACCCAUUAGAAAGUCAGUACAUUUGUGCCAGGGAGGGAAGGAAUGGGAAGAAUGUAAAUUCAAUUGAUGGAAGCAGUUCUCAGAAGCUGCAUAGUAAAUAGUAAAAAUACAUCUUGGGUGUAUCUGUAAUCAUAACUUAACAUCACAGAAUCAUCUCUAAAUUACACUGAUGAAGAGGUGUCACUUGGCAUUGUUUACCCCUGCUACAGGCACUGUCAUGAGCUCUGAGGAUACAGUCAGCAAGACAAGGUCCUUCCUUCACUGAGCUUACUUUCUGGUUGGGGAGAAAAAAAAAGAAUGAACAAAUAAAGGACUCCACGAAUGUGAGGAAUCCUAUGGAGGAAA